GUCACUUAGUAUGUAACAACCAUAGAAUCUCUUAGACUAGCAAAGGCCUUUGGACUCAAAUCAGAGAAUUCAAUUUUUUCGCGGGGGGGUUUCAAGACUAAAACCACGCUCUGUUGGCGGGAUCGAAGCAUAGCGGGGCAGUGGGCGGGACAGUCGCGAUUCUGAUUAGGAGGUGGUGAGCUGACCCGGCACGGAUCCCCCUCAUCGUCUCCCCCAAUAAUUGUUCUUAUUCCUGCCUCUGCUUGAGCAACGAAAUCCUGUUCCCAAUUCAUUAAAAAGCGCCAAUCCCCUCGUCGGUCUGACACUCUCCCAUCGUCUCCUUUUUGCCCCUCCCCCACCAUCUACUCAUCCUUUGACGCGAAUCUGGUGCGGCCAUGUCCAACCAAGAAGACCAUUUGGCCUAUGGCCACUACUAUAAUCAGGACUCAGAGCGUGUCGGUCAGGGAGAAGGCACGAGGGGUCUUGUUGGAGAUGCUUUCAACAUGCUAAAGAGCCAAUACAAGCACCACGGUUCUCAGUCAAAUAAACCACAAGACCAAGGCCCACCGCAGCAGCAGUUCUCGCAGGAUUAUAACCCAGGAGGGUACGGAAACCCGGGUCAGUCCCAGAGUUCAGCAUACCAGGAACCAGGAUACCAGGCAGGAAAACCCCCGAAACAAGACAAGGUUUCGGCCUUGUUUGACAAAUUGCAAGGCACAGUUGCGGGUCUUGGUGCCGGCGUCGCCCAGCGUUUGGGAACCGCGAUCGACCCACAGGGGUAUGCACAGUACGGAGCAGGAAAACCACAGGCAGAAACCCGAUUCGGGAGCUUUGCGCCUCCCCGUCACGGCAAUGAUGUCAAGUGGUAUGUUGACGGAUGCUCUUAUUUCUUGGCAGUUUCCAAAGCGCUGGAGACUGCUAGGGAAUCAAUCUGGAUUUUGGACUGGUGGCUAUCCCCAGAACUAUACUUGCGACGACCUCCAGCAAAAAAUGAGCAAUACCGACUGGAUCGGAUGUUGCAGGCUGCGGCACAGCGUGGUGUGAAAGUCAACAUUAUUGUAUACAAGGAGGUCACUCAGGCUUUGACCCUUUCUUCGGCUCAUACAAAGCAUCAUCUCGAAGCUCUUCAUCAGAAUAUUGCUGUUUUCCGUCACCCAGACCAUCUACCUGAUCGUCAGGAAUUGACUGCUCAGAUUACCUCCUCGCUUGAGAACAUGUCUCUCGAUGCCCUGAAACUUACUCAGCUAUCCGCUGAUGCUAUCAAAGGUAUUUAUGGUAUACACGAGGAUAUUAUUCUCUACUGGGCUCAUCAUGAAAAACUGUGCAUCAUUGACGGAGGAAUUGCGUUUAUGGGCGGUUUGGACAUGUGCUUCGGACGUUGGGACACUCACCAGCAUGCCCUCGCCGAUCUACAUAAUAAUCCGAGCGAUAUAGUAUUCCCCGGUCAGGAUUAUAACAAUGCCCGAGUCCUCGACUUUACUGACGUUGCGAACCCGGAUCAGAACAAACUGGAUCGCAGUAAGACCUCCCGCAUGGGAUGGUCUGAUAUUUCUGUUAGCUUGCACGGACAAGCUGUUGGGGACCUGAGACGUUUGUUCGUUGAGCGCUGGAACUUCAUAUAUGAUACCAAGUAUCAGUCUCGCAAGGAUGCUAGAUUCACAAGACUGGCACUGUAUGGGCGUCCAACCUCGUCUAGCAAUCAGCCUAACCAACCCCCGCAACAAGCUACUCCACCACCGCAGGGCACUCCUCAACAACCAGCUGGUUAUACGCCACAACCCACCCAGCAAAGCACCUACCAGCCUCAAUCCCAGCAGCCAACCCAGCAGCCAACUCAACAGCAAAACAUUAAUUCUCCACAGCCGCAGCAGCCGAGCUCGUACUCCCCACAGCCUCCCCAGCAAAACACUUACCAACCGCAAACCCAACAAAGCUCCUUUCCACCCCAGCAACAACAGCAGAGCUCCUAUCAGCCACAGUCACAGCAGCAGGCUAGCUAUACUCCACAACCACAACAGAGUCCAUAUCAGCCUCAGCCACAGGAACAGGGUUCUUAUCAACAGCACGCUCCCCAGCAAGGUGCAUACCAGCCAAGCCCUCAGCAACCCCAGGGCCAAGGUCAGUAUCAGGAGUAUCCCGGGUCGCAGCAGGCUGCCGGUCAGGCCCCUCAACAAAACUAUACGCCCACCGGUCAACCCUUCCCACCGCCUCCCCCCGGUCCCCCUCCAAGCCACGGACAAGGACAAAGUCAAGGGCAGAACCAAAGCCAAGCCCCAUAUUUCCCACCUCCUCCCACUCAGCCUGCUCAAGACUCAUCGUAUGCCCACUCACGGGUUGCUCCUGACUACUACGGAGAACAUGAGCACGGUGACCGUGAAAGAGGAUCCAGUUCGAAGCCAGGAUCUGGAUCUGGGUCCUCAUCCAGUUUCGUCCCUCGUCGCUUCCGCGAUAACUUCGAUUCUCUCCGUGGUGAACUGGCCGGUCAGAUUCAUCAAUACCAAGAUAGGUUCGCCACAGGUAACCUUGGACGACCCCAGCAACAAGGAAACAUGACCUGCCAAAUUGUACGUAGCUGCUCGAAAUGGAGCAAUGGUACUCCAACCGAGCAUUCGAUUGCGGAUGCAUACGCAGAGAUUAUCCGGCGCAGUGAACACUUCAUUUACAUUGAGAAUCAAUUCUUCAUCACAGCUACCAGCGAUGCACAGAAGCCAGUUAAGAACAAGAUUGGCGCUGCGAUAGUUGAGCGUAUUCUCCGUGCUGCUCGCGCAGGUCAAAAGUGGAAGAUGAUCAUUGUUAUUCCAACCGUUCCCUGUUUUGCAGGAGACUUGGCUGACGAGUCGUCACUCGGAACCCGGGCUAUCAUGGAGUUCCAGUACAACUCUAUUAACCGUGGAGGCAAUAGUAUCAUGGAGUUGAUUGCGAAGGAAGGAUACAACCCUAUGGAUUAUAUUCGAUUCUACAACCUGCGCAACUACGAUCGUAUCAAGUUUAGUGCCGCCCCCGAAAUGGCGUCUCAGGCUCCUGAGCCCGUUGCUCCUGAACCCGGUAACGUCCAUCGCCCGGCCUUUGAUACUAGCGCACCUUACCAAACCUACUCACCAGCUCCCCCCACCGGUCCCAAGCCUAGUGCGCCUGGUGGAACUCAGUGGGAUAGCGUGAGUGCAUGCUACAUGCUCAAUGGACCAGACCUUCGCAAUGUACCCUGGGAUGGUCCAAGAGAAGCCGAGAUUGAUGCAUUUGUUACUGAAGAACUCUAUGUUCACUCUAAGGUCAUGAUUGCCGAUGACCGUGUGGUCAUUUGUGGAUCCGCCAACCUCAACGACCGCUCUCAGUUAGGAGACCACGACUCUGAGAUUGCAGUGAUUAUCGAGGACAUGACGCCUAUCCACUCCACCAUGGACGGCAAGCCCUACACUGCCAGCCGGUUCGCUGCCUCUCUGCGGCGUUUCCUGUUCCGGAAGCACCUUGGCCUACUUCCCCCACAGGACUACGAACACGUGGAUGACCACUUUGACUUUGACUCGCCUGAAAGCAAGGUCGUUGCCGAUCCGCUAGCAGAUACUUUCCUGAGCCUCUGGAACACACGCGCGCGCACAAACACCGAAGUGUUCCGCGAGGUCUUCCACUCCGUGCCCGACGACAGUGUCCGCAGCUGGGCUGUGUACAAGGAGUUUUAUGGAUACUACUUCAAGAACGCAGACAAGCAGGCAUAUGGUGAGGCCAAGGAUGCCCCCCCGGCUCCGUACAAGUACGGACAUGUCAUUUCUGAGAAAUUCCCUGGUCCUGACGGGGUCAGCCGCGUCAAAGAGCUGCUCGGCCAGGUCAAGGGAACGCUGGUGGAGAUGCCCUUGAUGUUCCUCAUUGAAGAGGAUGUGGCGGAAUCAGGCUUGGCGCUGAACGAUUUGACGGAGCCUCUCUAUACGUAGGUUACGUUUCUUUGUUAUAAUAGUGACACUAUUUGUUUUUCAAGUUGCAUGUUGGUCGUUAGUAUUGUUCUCUGGGGACAAUAUCAGAUGUUUAGAUUGCCCGCAAUAUGAUUGGAUAUUAUUGGCCAGCACCUAGUACAUUCCCAACAACGACGUUGACGUAUAUUUCUCCAGGCUACUAAACUCAAUUUCAAGAUUAUAUCAUAUCAUAUCUUACAUCUAGGCUCGAGGUUCUUUAUCAUCAUCAGCCCGCACAUGAUCAGUCCUUGAGCACAAACUUGAGAAUGUCAAGCCGCAAAGAAGAACAAUACGAUGACUCCGGGGGAUUCCCAUUCUCAUCUUCCAUUGAAAGCGCGCCCAAACAUCACCUUACUGGCCAUUCCCAAAGAACAAUACUAACCCC